AUGGACAAAUCUCCCCAUUCUAAUCUCCAUGUUUAUCGAAAUUUCUGGGGUAAACUCAGAAAAUCUGCAGUGAGAUCUCAUCCUACGGCAGCUGUGAAACCAAACAAUUCCGAGGAUGAAGGUGAUGAUUUUGAUGGAAAAAUCAAGAAGAGGUUGCAAUGUGAAGAUGGGUGUCAAAUGGGCAAGAAUAUUCUGGGUUCUAAACGUGAAAUUAAGAAAGCCCAUAUGGUGUUCGACGAAAUGCCUAAGAAAGAGAAAACAGAGGAAAAUAACUUUGUUUCUACUGAUUUCGGCAAGGAUUACAGUGGUGCAAUGAAGGGUACUGUUACUAAAUUGGUUUCUAAAACAAAUGGUGGAAUUGAUAUUGGAACCGAGAGGAGGAGUUUGCUGAAUUUGUUCAGGAAAGAAUGUAAGAAUCAUAGAAAACAGAAAUGCAGAAAGAGGGUUGACAUUGCAGCGUAUGAUGCACUGUUAAAGACUGGGGAUAUGUUUGAUAAGCAGAAAUUCAUUGGCCCACCUCCCGGAGUCCUGCCUGGAGAAAAGUUUGAGUAUAGGUUGGAGCUGGUGAUUAUGGGCAUUCAUACUCAACCUCAGAAGGGUAUUGACUACAUGGAAAAGCAAGACGGACCGGAGGGUCGUGUUUUAGCGAUUUCAAUUGUGGCAAACGAGGUGUAUGGUGAUAAUCUGAGGAACCCGAAUGAAUUGAUUUACACUGGGGAAGGAGGAGGUACUUUUCAGGCUAGUAAAAGUAAGGGAGGGGUUAAGGAUCAAGAGCUUGAAAGGGGCAAUUUAGCGUUAAAGAAUAGCGCUAAUACAGGGAAUGUAGUGAGGGUUGUUCGAGGUAUUACAUCUAGUAGGUAUGCUGCCACUGUUUUUGUGUAUGAUGGGUUGUAUAUAGUGGAUGGUUAUGCUAAGGAACUCGGUUCGAACGGGAAGAUGAAGUUCAAGUUUACGCUUAAGAGGUGCCCUGGACAAAAAACUAUCAAGUGGGGGAAGUACAAGUAG